AUGACCGAUAACGAACCUAAAGCAGACUCGCUCGACGUCUAUACCCUCUCCUUCAAACUAACCCCUUUUACACCGAGUAACAUCCGGGUUUGGUUUCGUCAGAUUGAGGCGGUUUUCUCAACGAGCCGAAUUACUAACGAACGCACCCGAUACUCUUACGUGGUGCAGAGUCUUCCCUUCGACGUCGCCGUCGAUGUCGACGACCUCCUCGACCCGAUUCCUGCCAAUGACCCGUACACUCAGUUACACAAUGCCGUCAUCCAGAGAGUGGCCAAAACGACCAGUCGGAUGUUACGGGAAUUAUUCACGCAGGUAGAGCCGGGUGAUAAAUUACCAUCGCAGCUUAUGCGACAAGCGCGUUUAUUGUUUGCCGGUCGUCAUAUGGACGACGCCAUUUUUCGACAAAUCUGGUUAGAUAAGUUGCCGGUUCCCAUGCAGCAGGUUUUGGCCAUGCUGGAUAUUAGCAUCUCUCUAGACAAAGUGGCCAAUCAUACCGACAGGAUCAGUAAAUGUUACCCAGUCGGCGUGACAUGCGCCAAUAUUCAACUGACCUCGACUCCCAACAAAUCUGACAGAGUAGCCAUUUCCUGCCCAGAAGGCACUUUUUCACUAGAACGCGACAGUUCUUGUGUGGAGCGCUCAGUCUGUCGUUGAUCAUAACGCAGAGCCACCACGCCAUCAAGUCCCUCAAAACGACCGAAUAGUCCCCACCGGGGCGACUGUGAUGACCUAAAAGACACUGUAGUCUUUUGUGCACAGAAGUGGGCACCAUGUGCACUGCUAUAAACAGCUUACAGUCGGCCAGAAACCAGUCAACCUCGCGCCGUCGUUGUAAGUCUCUUGAACUUCCCUCUACAACUCUGUGCUGGUAUCAUCGUAUUUACGGUCCGAAAGCACGCAAGUGCAUUCCUCCCUGCACAUACCUGCAGGCCUCACCACAGGGAAACGACCGCGCCAGCCAGUAACGGCGACAACUGCCGCUGGCCAGUCACGAUCCAGUCGCCUAUUUUAUAUCAGAGACGAGUCAAGCAGCCUCCGUUUCCUUGUCGACACUGGUGCCGAGAUCGGUGUCAUCCAUCCUCCAAGGCGCCAUCACCUUAAGCCUUCGCAGUUUUAAUUGCAGGCUGCCAAUAACGCCACCAUCAACACUUACGGCCAACGCUCGCUCACACUUGACAUCGGUCUUCGGCGACGUUUCCGGUGGGUUUCUGUGCAGGCCGACGUUAAAUCUCCCAUUAUUGGAGCAGAUUUCCUGACAUAUUUUGCCCUUGCAGUCGACCUCAAGCAUUGCAAACUUGUCGAUAUCACAACCACACUCUUUGUCUUUGGCAUCGCUGCUUCUGAGCCCUCUGUUAGCAUCCAGUUGAGCGUACCAAGCUCGUCUUUCGCUGACAUUUUGAAGGACUACUCGUCCCUCACUAAGCCCUGUCAGUUCACCGGAGAGGUUCAGCGUAUGGUUAAACACCACAUCGUCAUCACGCGACAACCUGUUCACGCUCACCCUCGUCGUCUUCACCCCGAAAAACUUCGGAUAACAAGGAACGAACUUGAGCUUAUGAUUAAUUUAGGAACUAUUCGUCCUUCCUCCAGCCCAUGGGCUUCUCCCCUCCACAUGGUGCCCAAAAAUCGACUGAUGAUUGGAGACCAUUCGGUGACUCUCGCGCUCUCAACAGAGCCACUGUUCUCGAUCGAUACCCUAUUCCCCAUAUUCAUGAUUUCUCUCACACGCUAGCUGGAAAAACCAUUUUUUCCAAAAUAGACCUCGUGAGAGUAUACCACCAGAUUCCGGUCGAGGAAGAAGAAAUCCUCAAGACCGCCGUCACAACGCCUUUCGGCCUGUUCGAAUUCCUUCGCAUGCCUUUUGGUUUGCGCAACGCGGCCCACUUCUUCCAAGGCUCCAUCGAUGAGGUCCUGCGGGGUCUCUAA